ACACAAUAGUUUUUAGUGAUUAAUGAUGGCGACAGUCGUGCACACAGUGAUCUACGUGUUGUCAAUAACAUCAUCGCUGUGUCUUGUUCCAGAAGGCACAAUGAAAAAUGACAACAGUAAAAUAGCAGAAGAUGACAUUUGGACAGGAGGAGGAGAUGAUAUAUUAGAUCCUUUAGGAAGGAAAUUAGAGCUAAUGAAAGAGGAUAACAAGAACAAUGAUGAUACACCUUCCAAUACAGUUCAUCACCAGAAUGUCUCACUGUUGAAUACAGAUGAAAAUAUAGAUUUUAUGAAUUAUGGUCUGCCAGAGUUACUACCAAAUGCAUCUGUGGGAGUUACACCUGUGGGAAAGUCACCUAGUGGCAGCAUGGAGACACAAGACACAGAAUUACAAGAUGGGUUCAAUAAAAGGAUAUCUUGUAUCAAAUGCAACCGGCCACAUUGUAAUGGUGUUACAGAGUGUCACAUGGCAAUCAGGUGUUGGAAAGCUCGAAUUCGUACAGAAGCUGGUGAAGUGCAAGAAGCCCGAGGAUGUAUAACCAACUCAGAUCAAGAGCUGAUGCAGUGUGGCAUUAAAGAAAGUCCUCAUAAACCCCUCAUAAUAGAAUGCUGCCAAACUAACUUCUGUAACAAUGGAAGCUUUCCAGUUUUACCAACUUCAGACCCAAUGAAGGAUGAAGGAUCACAGGUGCUAAGAGUAUUUGUGAUUCAUGUGGUUCCUGUGAUGGUGGUGGUGGUUAUUGCCAUAGUUGUGAUUAUCUUGCUCCGCCGUGCACAUAAUAGAAGGAUGCAGGAAUAUGCUGCAGCAGCUGCAGCAUCUGCUGUACCACCACAUCAUGCUAUGUAUCGAGAUGAACUUAGAGUAACUGCAGCAGGAGAUUCAACUUUACGGGAGAUCUUCAAUGACUCCAUUACGUCUGGAAGUGGAUCAGGUUUGCCACUACUCAUCCAGCGCACUCUUGCCAAGCAGAUUUGGCUCUCAGAAGUUAUUGGAAAGGGUCGAUAUGGUGAAGUGUGGUGCGGAGUUUGGCACGGGGAGAAGGUUGCCGUAAAGAUAUUUUUCUCACGAGAUGAAGCAUCAUGGGCAAGAGAAACAGAAAUAUAUAGCACGGUCCUUCUACGACAUGAAAACAUUCUGGGCUUUUAUGGCUCGGACAUGACAUCACGAGGAUCCUGUACACAGCUUUGGUUAGUAACUCACUACCAUCCACGUGGCUCUUUAUACGACCAUCUCAAUACUCACAGCCUAGACCAUACUUCACUUAUGACAGCAGCCCUCUCCACUAUAAAUGGUCUGCUUCACUUACACACGGAAAUCUUUGGAACACAAGGAAAGCCUGCCAUUGCCCAUAGAGAUAUCAAGUCAAAAAAUAUCCUUGUUAAGCUAAAUGGAUCUUGUGUGAUUGCUGAUUUUGGUCUUGCAGUAAUGCAUACACAAACUACAGGAGAAAUCAACAUCAGCAAUAAUCCUCGAGUGGGAACAAAGCGCUACAUGAGCCCUGAAGUCCUCAAUGAGUCAAUCAAUAUGAGUGUAUUUGAAUCAUUCCGUAAAGUUGACAUCUAUGCUUUGGGACUGGUUCUCUGGGAGGUGUGUCGAAGAUGUAUUUCAAAUGGAAUAGUGGAUGAAUACAAACCACCUUUUCAUGAUGUAGUUCCUAAUGACCCCAGUUUUGAUGACAUGAAAAAAGUUGUUUGUGUUGACCAGUAUCGCCCCAUGAUUCCCAACAGGUGGACCAGUGAUUCAGUAUUAGCAGGAAUGUCCAAAAUAAUCCGAGAAUGUUGGCACCAAAACCCAAGUGUGCGACUGACGGCAUUAAGAGUGAAGAAAUCGCUGGUGAAGUUGGCACAGGAGGAAACCAAGAUUAAAUUGGACUUUGAUUGUUGACGAGGGAAAACCAAAUGUACAAUGUUUAUUUGAUUCUGUCAUUAUAAGCAGCAAUAUUUAUUUACAAUUAUACUGUAAGUGUAUGAAAUGUUGUGCUUACAUGAGAAGGAUGUAAGUUAAAGUGUGUUGCUAUGAUUAAGCUGGUACAGUAUGUAGUGAUAUAGAUUAAGGAGUAUUGCCAUGAAUUUCCUAUGUAAAGAUAUUAUUUAUACAUUUUGAAUCUAAUUAAAGCAUUUAAAAUCAAACAUUGACUUUCUUCAUGUGAAAGGGAUAUGGAAUAUUGUAGAUUGAAAAUACUGAAUCAAACAAAUUAGCAACGAUUUUUAUAUCUUGUGCUGUAUGGGUUUAUUAAUAUUAAUUACUGUAAAAUUAUUUUUGUUUAUCUUGAUUAAUCAAAAUUUGUUCCUAAUUAAAAUUAUUGUUAAAUGCAUCACAAAAUGUGCUGCAGGUGUGUACAGUAAUAAGAAAGGUAUAUCCAAAUUUAUUUUGUCCAAGCACUUUUUGUUAUUUGUGAAUACUGCUUUGGUAAUAUGUGUGGACAGAUUGUUUUGCAAUUUGCAUUUUACAUCAUCUUAGAUCUGUAGAACACAGUAAAGCAAUAACUUGAAAAAUCACAGAACUCUCCAUGUAGGACUAGAAAUUUGGGUGCAGUUUAAUAAUUUCUGUGACUGGUUAUAUUGAUUUUUUCUCACCAAAUAGCAUUAUUGUUUUUUCUUUAGUGUACUAUUAAUGUUUUGUAAAUAACUUUUCUACUUAAAUAUGUAUAAUGCAGUGUGAAAGGAGUACAGAAUCUUUUUUUAUCAGUAGGUACUUAUGAAUGAUAAUACUCACUUAUGUGAAUUGUAUACUGUAAUGUAUAUAGAAAAAAGUAAUAAAUGGUUGCGCCAUAAUCAGUGAUGACAUUUGUGGCAUGAAACUAUGACCUUUGUCCUGACUUGUACAUAAUUUUUUAUCCAGUUGAACUCCAUAUUGUAUUUUCAUAUGCUAUUGAAUUGUGUGAUCUUUUUGUGAUCUAACACGGGGAGGUGCCUACAAAUGUUAGUGUCAUGUAACACAGAGCAGCGUAUAGUGGUGUUAGUGUAAUGUUAUAUAACACCAGCCUACAAUGGUGUUAAGUGUCAUGCAACAUGAAAGAGGAUACAGUGGUGUUGCAGUGUUGUUAUGUAAUGGAGCAGCCUACAGUGGUGUUACAGUGUCAUGUUAUGUAACACUACAGAGAAGCACCUACACUGGUGUUUAAGUUUAAGAGUACCAUGAAUGUGUUCUGUAGAAGAAUGAGAAUAUAUGUACAGUACUAAUUUGAGUCUCAACUUUAGAUAACCACAUGACAGCUAAAAUGUUUUUAAGGGGUUAAGGUAAAAAAUGAUGCUUUCCUAUAAUUA